AGAUUUGUCUAGGGAGGUUGUUUAGUUCAUUUUCUUUGUCUAACCCAACCCUACCUAUACCUCCACGUCUCCGCCGCGGUGACCCCUCUCUCCUCUUCUCUACUCUCCACCAAUCCAACGCCCAAUUCUGAAGCCAUUGCCCACGGCCCUCUUCUGGUUUUGCCUUCUUCGGCCUUCCAUUAAGGUCCCAAGGGCCCAGCCCCCAACCCCUCCUCUUCGGUCUUCGCUCGCGGGUUCCUCACGGGUGGCACACCCGAGCUCCGGCGGCCUCUCGAGCAGAUAAUAUAUGGCUAGUACUGGUUGCAAAGACGAGAUUAGAAGGAUAGAGAGUGUAAAGUCAGGUGGAGCUGUUCCAUUUCUUGAUCCAGAAAAAUGUACAAAUGGUUGGGCCACCCCACCUGGGGACAAGUUCAUGGUAAGAGGUCCAGAGUACUUUAAAACCAAGGUUAAAAUUCCCGCUGGUGAAUAUCUUCUAAAGCCUCUUGGAUUUGAUUGGAUCAAAAGUUCUUCAAAGAUUGGAGAUGUCUUAAACAAUCCAAACAGCCGUGUCAGAAAGAUCAUAGAAGUUGAGUUUUCAACAGGUGUCAAGCCUUUCAUUUGGGCUUUCAAUCUACAAGUCCCAAGCAAGGAUAAUUAUAGCGCGGUAGCUUACUUUGCAAGCACAGAUCCUAUUCCUGAAGGUUCUUUGAUGGACCAGUUCUUGAAAGGGGAUGAUGGAUUUAGGAAUUCAAGGCUAAAAUUGAUCGCCAACAUUGUCAAGGGCCCUUGGAUUGUUAGAAAAGCAGUUGGGGAGCAGGCUAUUUGUAUAAUUGGGCGCGCCCUCACUUGUAAGUAUUGUGUGGCAGAUAAUUUUUUAGAAGUAGAUGUGGAUAUUGGAUCUUCCAUGGUUGCAAGUGCAAUAGUUCAUCUGGCAUUUGGUUACAUCACUAAAUUAACUGUUGACCUAGCAUUCCUCAUUGAGAGCCAAAUUGAAUCCGAGCUUCCAGAACGACUGUUAGGUGCUGUAAGAUUCUCUGAGUUGAAUCCUGCUUCAGCUAGGCCAGUUGAACCAUCCUCUGAUACAAUUAGUGGUACUAUGCCGUCAUCUCUGCCAACACGACUAUGGAAGUCAAUCGGGCAAGGUUUUUCUCACAUUCUUCAUCAAGGUGUCCAAGAAAGUGGCUCUUCCUCCGGGUCAGCUCACUCUAAUGGGACUGUCACUCAUGAAGAUGCUAGUGAACACACUAAGAAAUGAAAUGUCGAAGGAAUAUAAUGCAUACGUGUAUAAAAAAGGAAGCGUCUAUUGUGGCUCAAACUUCAAAAUUUGUUUGAACUGUUGAUGAUAUUUAUUGCAGAGUGGUGCUGACAGCCUCUCUUCUCUGCUUGUCUUAAACUAUCAUACCCCUUGGGUCAAAUUUAUGGCUAUAUUUAGUAUUCACACUAAUUGAUGUACAGUCCAUUUGUUGGCUUAAGAGUAUAUAAUUAUAUAUUCAUAUCACCUAAGCAUUAGAGGUAGAACUUUGGAUUCAACUAUUCAAUUCAAUUGUUUUCUUGUA